AUGGCUAGUCUUCAAAGCGCAACAAACGUAUCGCGUAAUUUAACGAACCAGUUCGUCCAACCACCGUGGCGCGUCGCGAUCUGGUCGGUUGCCUACAGUUCAGUACUAGCGGUCGCCGUGUUUGGAAACCUUAUAGUUAUUUGGAUCAUUUUGGCCCAUAAACGGAUGCGCACAGUGACUAACUAUUUCUUGCUCAACCUGGCUUUCUCCGACGCCUCGAUGGCUGCCUUCAAUACGCUGAUCAAUUUCAUUUACGCCACGCACGGAGAUUGGUACUUUGGAGAGGUCUACUGCAAAUUCCACAACUUCUUUCCCGUCACCGCAGUGUUUGCUAGCAUUUAUUCCAUGACAGCUAUUGCAGUCGACAGGUACAUGGCUAUAAUUCACCCAUUAAAGCCGCGGCUGUCAGCCACAGCGACUAAAGUGGUCAUUCUCUGUAUUUGGGCACUCGCUGUGGUUUUGGCUUUUCCACUCUGUUUCUACUCAACCACGAGAACGAUGCCUCGCAGGACUGUCUGCUUCGUUGCCUGGCCGAGAUCUGCCGAGGAUUCAUUCAUGUAUCAUAUCAUAGUUACAGUGUUGGUGUACUUGCUCCCCCUUGUGGUUAUGGCCAUUACCUACACUAUAAUAGGGGUGACACUUUGGGGAGGAGAGAUCCCUGGAGAUUCUUCAGAUAACUAUGUGGGACAACUGCGUGCUAAAAGAAAGGUGGUGAAGAUGAUGAUCGUGGUGGUGGUGACUUUCGCCCUCUGCUGGUUGCCAUAUCACAUUUAUUUCAUUGUGACCGGACUAAAUAAGCAACUAAACAAGUGGAAGUCAAUCCAGCAGGUCUAUCUUUCUGUGCUGUGGUUGGCCAUGAGCUCCACGAUGUACAACCCAAUUAUUUACUGCUGCUUAAACAGCAGGUUUAGGGCCGGUUUUAAACGGGCCUUCAGGUGGUGUCCCUUCAUCCAGGUUUCGAGCUAUGAUGAACUGGAGCUCCGCCCCACACGUCUCCACCCACGAAACCAGAGCAGUAUGUGCACCCUGUCACGGAUCGACACCAACCACGGCUACGACCCCCGCCAAAGCAAUCGAAAGAGUGCCAAGUCCCACAAUCAUGUUGAGGUCACAGACGAAAACGCAGUUGCCGUUAAGCACUGUCUACACAGAGAGCCAACGUUUGCUGCCGAGCAGCUCAGCUAA